AUGAUUGAUUCCAUUCUUCAGCUUUAUGCGAAUGUUUUUAAUGAGGUUAUCGGCUGCUUCCAUUUCUCUGGUGGUCGCGGGGUGGCCUUCGAAGCGGAGCUCCUUGCUCUCAUCAUUUCUAUGGAGAGCGUUUAUCAUGCUGGAUGGCAGCGCGUCUGGUUCGAGGCUGAUUCCACCUUCGUGGUCAGCUUACUGAGCUCGCGCUCCUCCAAAGUUCCUUGGCGUUUCAAGGCUAGAUGGACUCGUGCUCUCACUUAUAUGUCUACCAUCUCGGUUCGUGUUUCUCAAAUUUUUCGGGAGGGAAAUAGGGUCGCCGAUUGCUUGGCGUCGCAUAUCACCGAUGAAGGAUAUUGGCCUCAUGAUAUUCAUCAUAUUCGGCAUUUGGUUAUUGAAGACCUCUACCUUCCUUUUUUUACGCGUGUGGUCGACUAA